AUGGGCGCUCAAGUACUUGGAGAACGCGUCAGGACGGGUGAGGCGACUUGCGAGGACUAUUUCGAGCUAGGCGCGAUCCUUGCCCGCAAGCGCCUCUUCACCCAGGCGAUCAAGAACAUCCAGAAGGCGGUCAAGACGUGGGACGGCGAGGAGGCCGAGCUAGCGCAGGUGCACAACACACUGGGUUACUGCUACUUCUCGUCGGAGCGGGCAGAGGACGCUGUCGAGGAGUACAGGAAGGCGGUGGAGCUGCAGCCCGGUUACGUCACUGCCUGGAACAACCUUGGCGAUGCGUACGAGGUCCUCCGCGAGUGGGAGUCGGCACUGGAGUGUUACAAGGAGGUGCUCGCGCUUGAUCCCGAGAACGCCGUCGCGAAGGCCCGUGCUGACAAGAUGGAGUCUCGCGUAGCGCGCGUCGGUGGCUCGUCGGUGCGGUGA